CCCGCCUCCGGCCCGGUCCUCACAUGAGAGCUGCGGAGGCCGGAGGUGCAGGGGCGCAGGGUGGGGGCCGGCUCGGUGGCCCCGGGGACUGGGAUCCACCGCUUGUCCCUUCCUACCCUGCGGACCCCGGGCAGCAGGUGGUCGGAGCCGGGAGUGCACAGGUACCAGUUGGAAGAGCUUCCCCCACAGCUCUGGGCAGGCACGGAGGCUGUGAAGUUCUGACUCGGUGUGAUUCUAAGCUGAGUAAAUGGCCCAGCGGGGCCCCAGGGAGAGGAUGGCAAGCGGAGGCAGGGAUCUCGGCUGCAGAGUCAUCACAGAGGACCAGAACAGAAAACAGCAAGUUUCAUGUGAGCACAUUUUCAAGCACUUCAGAAUAAACAAGGUGGAUAUUGCAAGUGCAAUAACGAAGCCGUAUCCUUUCCUUAUGAUCCUCCGGGACCACGCCAUCAUCUCUGAGCAGAUGUAUAAACAUUUUCAAGAUACUUGUGCAAACCUGGUCCCAGUGACAAGAGUGAUGUAUGACGUCCUCCAUGAGCUGGAGAAGACAUUCUGCCCAUCGCUCCUGAAAGUGUUAUUCAGCAGAGCCAACCUACAGGCCUAUCCUGGUUUAAGAGAGAUUCUCAGAAGCUUCCCAAAUGCUUUCCACGAACCCCUGGAUCUCCAGAGGACAAAUGGAACAGAUGUCGAAGAGUUGUCCAGAGUGGCACUGGCUGGCCAGCGAGUUCCCUGGGAAAUUGCUGUCCAAGUAGAUGAAGGAGGAGAAUCAGAAGAAAUGCCCAGGUUGUUACCUUACGAUGCAGACGAGAACGGCAACAACUGUGUAGAGAUGUCUGAGACAGAGGAGCGCCCAGAAGCCUCAAGCUCCCCUGCAAGUCAUGGGCCAGUGUCCUGUGACCCUGAAGCUCCCCAGCUGAUGAAUGGAGAAGCAGCAGAGGAGGUUCCAAGCCACACACCACAUAAUGAAGAAGAAGAACCUGGUGAGCUGCAGGACCGCCCCCUGAAUGAAGAAGAAUCUGAAGAGCUUACUUCUAGCCCACAGUUCCACAGUGAACAAGGACCAGAGCAAUCAGAAUAUGAAGCUGAGAAGUGUUCCUGUGUCAUGUGUUGCCCCAAAAUUUCAGAAGGCCCAUCGGCAAGCACAGACAGUAGCCAAGCAUGUGACCCAGCGGAUACUGCGGAUCCUGGAACCAGUUCUAUUUUAGGAAAACCCAAGAGGAAAAGAAGAAAAAAGAAAGGGUACAACUGGUCAAGAAUUAAAACAAAAAGGCCACAAAGCAAAUGUCAAAAAGGGACACAGGCAGGUACAUCUACAAUGCAUAACAGAGCCACACAGAAAAGAAUCCAAUCAAGAGGAAGAAAGAGAGGCAGAUACCAAUUUUCCUCAGUCCUAAAUAACAGAUUUGUAAGGAAAACGGGUUGGCUAAAAGGAAGAAAAAGAGUUAACAGUAAACCUUUGAGGAAAGUUAGGAAAAAAGGUUUCAGAUACCUCAAAAAAACUAACGCGAAUUUUGAUAUUCCUAAACUUCCUGUGACCUGUGGUAAUGUUGCGGGGACUCUGACUAAGGAGGUGUUUAAGCAAGGAGUCUGGAAGAAGAGCAUCAGGAGCGAGGAUGGGAGCUUGUUGAGCCCCAGGGAGUUUGAAGUUGCAGGAGGUCGUGCAUCUUCUAAGAACUGGAAAAUCAGUGUGCGCUGCCAUGGAUGGACCCUCAGAGAACUGAUGCAGAAAGAAUAUCUACCAAUCCCGCCAAGUAAAAAACCCAAGAAAAGAACACUGGACUCUGACCUGAGGAACUCCAAUGAGUGUGAGGUGUGCAGGGACGGGGGAACGCUGUUCUGCUGUGACACUUGUUCCAGAGCCUUUCACGAGUACUGUCACCUGCCACUUGUGGAAGUUGAGAGGAACCCGUGGAGUUGCAUCUUCUGCACAGUGGGGUCCUUCAAAAGCCAAGAGCAUUGUCAGGAAUCUGAGAUCCUGGAAAGGCAGAUGCAGGCUGAAGAACAGUUGAAAUGUGAGUUUCUCCUCUUGAAGGUCUACUGCUGCUCUGAGAGCUCCUUUUUUGCCAAAAUUCCAUAUUACUACUAUAUUAAGGAGACUUCUGAAGCUCCAAAGGAACUCAUGUGGCUGGACAAAAUCAAGACAAAGUUAACUAAGAAGGAGUAUACCCAAGUGGCAGGGUUUGUGCAGGACAUGCGCCUCAUCUUUCAGAACCACAGGACCUCGUACAAGUACCAUGAAUUUGGCCAAAUGGGACUUAGACUGGAGGCUGAAUUUGAGAAGAACUUCAAGGAAGUGUUUGCUAUUCAGGAAACAAAUGAGAGCAGUUGACUGGUGCAGAAGACGUGGUUGGUGUCCUGGCGUGAUUUUUUUCUGGCCAAAUCUUCCAACCUCCAAAUACAGUGGGUGUUAUCCAUUGAUUUCACCAUGCCUGAAGACUUUCUGAAUCACUUGGCGCUGGGUUUGAGCUGGAACAGAGGAAAUAAAAACUAGGUAGUGAGAGAGGAGACCAGCUCUUGGUGUGAAGUCGGGCAACUGUGGGUUAACCAUACAGUUAAGCUGCUUGGCAAAUGGACAUAGCUGAGCUCUCUGAAGAACCUGAUCGUUUUGAUCCCUGCCAUGUACAAGUUCAGCUGUGGGAUAAUGUCAGUGGAGUGCAGAGGACUUGGAAGUGUUUGUCUGAAGUUCCUGCCUCCUUGAUCACUGUUCACUUCCUUUUAAUCAUUCUUUUGCUUCCAUAGCUUUGCUUUGUGCUGAUUUCCAAUGAAAAAUUGCCCUGUAUGAUAGCAGCAGUAUAAAAGUGGAAACAUAGCUUUGUUCUCGUCACUGAGGAACGCUAGCAGUAAGACUGCCCUCUUUUCCUGCUCCGUGUCUGACUGACUUGUUUGGGGUCCCAUGCAGUCUCCUGCUUCAGCAGAAAGGAGACAAGGAAAUUGAGAUAUUAAAAUGUACCUCACUGCAGCUUAAAGACCCAAAGUUACUCAAGCCUUUUUCCCUUCCAGUAACCUCACUUUAAAAAGUUUCUAAAGGUCUUAAAGAUACACAAUAAGUCUGUAAAGCCGGGGUCUGGAACACAUCUCAACUUCAAACACAGGUAGAAGGCUAGCCUUCUGACAUAACCCACCAGAAGGGUAACCUGACAGUAGGAAUGUACAUCCCAGAUUGCUGGUGUUGAAGACACAUCCUAGAUCACCUCUUAGAUCGCCCAUACUGAAGACGCCCCCUUAAAUGUACUCGUUGUGAGUCUCGUUUCUCUGAACACUCACGCUGCACGUGUCAUAAAAUCUCUGUCCAGUGAACCUUUCUCAUGCCUCUUACUCAUGCAUCCUGAAAAUACUUGUUCUGUGAUAGGAAUCAGUGGACCUGCAAACUUACUCUCCAAGGGUGGGCUAGGUUCCUUCUUUCAGCCUUGGGGACCCUCAGACCCAGCCAGGUGAAAGCUUCAGCAGGCUGUUACCACCACCUGCCCUGGAGGCCAGUCCCUGUUUGACAGUGCAACCAGGGAUGAGGUUGGGCACCACUCUGUGUUCUUCCUGAGGUCAGGCUGGAUUUCAUGGUGGCUUAGCUUUACCCUUUAUUCCAUGUUGCUUCUCUUUUCCUUUUUUCCUCAGAGAACUACUAAUAAAUAACCGGCUUAAGAGAUUUCAUCUCUGACUGUCCUUCUAAAGAACGCACCCUAAGAUAAUGGCCCUAGAAAGCCAAGUCUCAGGAUGUGAUUCUGGAGUUGGGCCACUGGUGCUAGGUGGAAUAUCCAUCUUCCCUGGAAUGUUAGAAGUGCAGUUACCAAACUUUCACCUGUAGGCAAAAAGAUAGAGUAGCUGGUGUGCUUGUUUGGCAUUUCAGAAGAGGGAAAAAGUAACUAUGCAUAGGAACUGUGGGUUUUGAAGACUGCCUUAGGUUUGAUAGUUGAAGUUUACUUGAAGGUUAGUUGAAGGUUAAUUUUCUGUAGAUUAGGCUAUUUUCAUUGUAAUAUUUCAUUGUACUUCAUAUAGGAAUUUCUGUUGUUAUACUUUAGACUCUACAUCAGAAAACAGUCAACACUGAAAAUUGUGAUGCCUUUUUAUAAAUAAUAAAUAUUAAAAAUUCCACACUUAAAGAAAAAGAA